AUGGUUUCAUAUGAACCUAAAAAGAAUGGUCGCCAAGAAGGCUCGUAUAGAGGGGCGACAGCAGUCUUGAGUUAUGCAGCAUAUAGAGCACCUCCUACAACGAAGCCUAGAAAGGCAAGGACCUCAGACGAAGAGACCGUGAAACUACUCGAAAACGGUUGCCAAUCGCAAUAUCCGUUAGAGAGAAGUUCGAAUCCCGUAACUUCUGGUCAAAGGAAUAGUUUAAGUAGGGUUAAUUCUCUCGAUCAGAGUCCAAGAUUGUCUUACGCCCAAGGGAUUCCUAAAUCUCAACCUGAUACUGCAUAUAGACAAACUGUUCCAAUUUAUCAGCAAACAGAGUUCUUAUAUCAAGAUCCACAUUCAUAUCAACAACCUCAGCAGUCUUCAUACGUUCAUCGUAAAAUUCCUACCUCCAAAAGACAAUUGACACCUAAUAGUACCCCUUCAAUUCAUUUUUAUUCUGAUUCAGAAGACUUUCGGGAGGGCUCUAAAUCAAAAAAUUAUCGUAAUCAUCGCUCAUCCAUUGACCCAUCAACAUUAUCCUCUGGGUCGGAAAUAUCAAGCACUCCUUCGUCGCCUUCAAAAGUAGUAAAACAGCAAGUUUCUGUUGUUAAUCCUGCUCUGCUAUCAAGAGUUUCAGAGUCAUUUCGAACCCGUAUUAUUCUUUCAAAUAGGAUGAAAGAAAAUCUUGAAUAUAAAGAUUGUUUUGAUGGAAGAGAAGCCGUGGAUAAAAUCGCCUUUAUUAUCAAGACUACUGAUAGAAAUUUAGCUUUAUUACUCGGUCGUGCUUUAGACGCCCAAAAAUUUUUUCAUGAUGUAACAUACGAUCAUCGACUUCGUGAUUCACAGAAUGAAUUAUAUCAAUUUAGAAAAAUGCCUUCAAUUUUAUCAUCAUCCGAUAAUUAUAGCUUUAAAAAAAAUGAGAAAAAAGACUCUGAAGAAACUGACCUACCAACUGGAGUGUUUACACUAUUAACCGACUGUUACUCUCCUACAUGUACAAGGGAUAAUUUAUGCUACAGCAUUGCCUGUCCUAGAAGGCUGGAACAGCAUGCAAGAAAACAUAUGAAACCAAAUCCAGACCUUAGUCGCUCAACUAGUCGUGGAUCUAUAGCUGAUAGAAGAAAGGCUGAAAAGAAACGUCAAGAAGCUAUAAACGAAUUAAUUUAUACUGAAAAAGAUUUUGUUCAUGAUAUAGUGUAUUUAAGAGAUUGUUGGAUGAAGCCUCUCUUAUCUCAAAAUAUAAUUCCUGAAUUUCGGCGUAAGAAAUUUGUAGCUGACGUUUUUCAUAAUAUAGUGGAUAUUUAUUCCAUCAAUUCUAAACUUGGCGAUGCGCUCCAAAAACGGCAAAAUUCAUAUGCAAUUGUUGGACAAAUUGGUGAUAUACUAGUAGAACAUGUUCCAAAAUUUAAUCCUUUUAUAGAAUAUG